AUGCUGCUCCCCGUGCUGGCGGCGCUGAGCCUGGGGCUGCGCCCGGCGCUGGGCGUGCGCGGCGCGCCCUGCGAGCCGGUGCGCAUCCCCAUGUGCCGCCACAUGCCCUGGAACCUGACGCGGAUGCCCAACCACCUGCACCACAGCACGCAGGAGAACGCCGUGCUGGCCAUCGAGCAGUACGAGGAGCUGGUGGGCGCCAACUGCAGCGCCGUGCUGCGCUUCUUCCUGUGCGCCAUGUACGCGCCCAUCUGCGCGCUGGAGUUCCUGCACGACCCGGUGCGGCCGUGCCGCUCUGUGUGCCAGCGCGCGCGCGCCGGCUGCGAGCCCCUGGUGCGCGCCUACAACCACAGCUGGCCCGACAGCCUGGCCUGCGACGAGCUGCCCGUCUACGACCGCGGCGUGUGCAUCUCGCCGGAGGCCAUCGUCACCGACCUCCCCGACGACGUUAAAUGGAUAGACAUCACGCCAGACAUGAUGGUCCAGGAGAGGCCCCUUGAUGUUGACUGUAAACGCCUAAGCCCUGACCGCUGCAAAUGCAAAAAGGUGAAGCCGACUCUGGCGACGUAUCUGAGCAAAAACUACAGCUACGUCAUCCACGCCAAAAUAAAAGCCGUGCAGAGGAGCGGCUGUAACGAAGUGACCACAGUGGUGGACGUGAAAGAGAUCUUCAAGUCCUCGUCGCCCAUCCCGCGCACACAGGUGCCGCUCAUCACCAACUCCUCCUGCCAGUGCUCGCACAUCCUGCCCCAUCAGGACGUGCUCAUCAUGUGCUACGAGUCGCACUCCAGGAUGAUGCUUCUUGAAAACUGUUUAGUUGAAAAAUGGAGAGAUCAACUUAGUAAAAGAUCCAUACAGUGGGAAGAGCGGCUCCAGGAGCAGCAGAGGGCAGGUCAGGACAAGAAGCGAUCGGCUGGGCGUUCGGGUCGUAGCAACACCCAGAAACCGAAGGGAAAGCCGCCUGCUCCCAAACCGGCGGCCCCCAAGAAGACCAUCAAAGCCAGGAGUGCCCAGAAGAGAACAAACCCCAAAAAAGUGUGAGCCAACAGCGGAGACUGCCUCUCGGGAUGAGGCCGGGCACUGCCCAGCCAGCCUGGGGGCGCGGUGCCCUCUCCUUGCCUCAACGAUGGCAGUCCCCCGCCACAGACUCAUCGUACGGCCGUUUCCUUGAUGAUAUGCUUCCAUUUUUUCUUUUUCAGCUGCCACCAACCCUAGUGGUAGGUACGUCCUUUGUUUGGUACGGAACGUACAGGAAAGCGGGGAGCCGGGGGACAAAGCUUCUCGUGGCAUUCAGAGGGGCCCUGGUUGCGCGUAGUCUGUGAGAUCUCCAGGUGGGGAAGGGAUGCCUGCUCCUUACCAUUUGACCUAAUAUGUGCAUUGUAAAAUAAAUGCCAUAUUACAAACAAAACACCCAUUUUUUUUUUUUUAUAAUACGUUGUAUUUCAGCUUCUGUUGUUCAAAUGCUUGCGAUGUUUCAAAAUGUGAUUGAAAGUAGUGAUUCUCAGGAGGGAAGCAAGAGGAACGAAGAAUGAAUGUCUCAGAGAUCUUUGUAUGUUUACCAUGUGCCCAAGAGUUUCUGUGAUGAAAGGGAAUUUUUGAACAAUCUAGAAAAGUAGCAUCUGGGAAAUUUUAACGUACGUUUGUUUUUUGUUUUUUGUUUGUUUAUUGGUUGGUUUUACAAAGAAGCCUUUCACCUAGAGUUUUUAGGUAGACACUCAAGAAACUAAAAUAAUAAUGAUGAUAACUAAAUAAAUAAAAGGGAAGGGCAGAUAUACCACCUCCGGAUCCUUGUUUUCUGGUUACCAUGCCGUUGGGUGGAAAGGCUCAGAAUGUACAUUCGUGAUGCUUCACAUUAGUAACCAUGCCGCAGCGCCAGAAACAGAGAGUGUUUUCCCUCUGAUGAUUUAUAUGCCAAUGACUCUGCCCCCAAGAAUUUUACAGCUGUGCACACACUGCUCAUGUCACUUCCCAGGAUGCCCUAGACCUCUUGAUGCCAAGCCUGAGAGAAUUUGCUCUCUGCCGGAAGCUGGUGCUUACAAAGGUGUUGUGGGCCCAGUGUGAGAGGGCCAGGACUCCAAGUCCCUGCUCUCAGCCACCGCUACACACCAGCUCUGCAUCUGGGAGGGCAGCUGCAGUCACUCCUCCUUCCAGGGAUGUAGAGGAACAACCUGAAAGCUUAGGUAUAAAACCUCCUGUAGAUCUGCCAUUGCCCCCGCUUCUCAGAGAAGGCGUAGGUGACAUGUUGCGCUCACACAAGAUCAUUAGACACACAAUCUGAUUUCACCUCUGUCCGCCGCCGGGACGCAGGAGUGAGGUGUGUGGGGAAGCCAGGGGAGCGUGGAGAAAUGGGGUUGCCGAGCAUGCCGGCAGGGGCUCCCCUUCUUCCUAAAAGCGGCACAGGUCGGGUGUGUCGCCACCGCCCCAGGGCGGCAGAGUUUAAGGAAUCCAAUAGAUGGACUCACACAAGGGUACCAGUAAAAUGCUCAGCGUAUGUUUCUGUUAUUUUAAAGGCCAGACUCCUUAGCCCUUAAGGAAUGCUGGAUACGUGUUAGCAUCGCAUCCACACUAAAGAAACCUGGGAAAGGCUGUUAGAAGGCCCUGGCAGCCUAGCUUACCUCCUUAGCGUUGCAGGGCUUCUUUGGGGAAGGGAAUCAGAAAUGGAACUCUCUGUGGGAAUGGAGAAGCAAACAUGUAUGUAAUAGAAAAAAAAAAAGUAAACACUAUUUUAAGUGCAAUACUGAAUAUAAUAAGAGUUUGGAGAUGACUACAUACGUAAACACUGUUUGAAUAUUUAACUGAAAUCAUAUACUGAAUAUGACACAACACUUGAUACUUCUUUAGGAACAUUGAUACAUUAUACAAUACUUAACUAUGCACAUUUAAACAUUAUAGGUAAUCGGGCGUGUGUAUCAGUUUGAUUAAUCGAUAAAAAAUUAAGUAGGCCACCGGUUAUUUAUUACGAAGAAGUCAAAAACGAACAUCAGCCCACACUAGGGUUAAGAUAAAAAGUGUGGUAGUGAUCUUUGUGUGAAGGUCAGAGAUUUCUUUUUCUCCCUUAAAUAUUUUCUCCAUCAAAAUACAUGUGAGAGGAGGUGAAUAUUAACAUAUGGAGAAGAAAGCUGAGGUAUUGAAAUGAGAAUUAUUUGAAGGUUGGAUUACUUUUGUGAGGAAAGAAUAGCAUUUUGCAAUAUUAUGAUCAGCAAAUUUCAUAAUUAAGGACAAUGGGAGGCAUUUAUAUUUUCAAUAAUUUUGUUGGUUUUUCAAUAAUACAGGAAACAUGUAUUUUCUAUAAAGUAUUUAAUAAAUGCAUAAAAUAAAAAUAGUGGAAUUACAAUCCUACCUAAUCCUAUUUAUCACUAUGCAGAGGUAAUUGCUGUUAGUAUUUUGGUAUACAGUUGUCCAGGUGUUUCUUAUGCAUUUAUAUAAUGAUUUGAGAAAAAAAACUAGAGCUUAUUAUACAUACUGUUCAUUAACCUUCCUUCUUCACUCAGCCUCUUAUUGAGAUGAGUUCUCAUGUCAAUAAAGCUGAUGCCACCUCA